CCUUUUUCUUUCUUUCCAGUUUGAUAUGAAUUUCGGUUUGGAAUUCUGAUUUAUAAGAGCUUUGAUUUGAUUUCCAUUUGCACAAGCCUGCAGAUUAUUUGUCUGAUUUCUUCUCUCGCGCAGAUCAAACUUCAAAGCAAUUCAGGUCUAAAGAAGUGUUUUUAAAUGGAGGAUUCAGAAGAAGUUCAGGCCAUUGUUUGUGAUAAUGGAUCAGGCACAGUGAAGGCGGGGUUUGCUGGAGAUGAUGCACCGAAAAGUGUAUUCCCAAGCAUUGUAGGCAGGGCAAAGAGUAAGUCGGUGAUGGUGGGAAUGGAUGCAAAGGAUGCUUAUGUGGGGGACGAAGCGCAGUCGAAAAGAGGAAUUCUCAGUCUCAGGUAUCCAGUCAAGCAUGGCAUCGUCACCAAUUGGGAGGACAUGGAGAAAAUCUGGCACUACACAUUUGACAACGAGCUACGCGUUUCCACAGAGGAACAUCCCAUUCUUCUAACCGAGGCUCCUCUCAAUCCAAAGAGAAAUAGAGAGAAAAUGGUGGAACUCAUGUUUGAGGCAUUCAAUGCUCCCGCAACCUAUGUUGCCAUACAAGCAGUACUUUCUCUCUACGCUAGCGGACGAACGACUGGAGUUGUGCUGGAUUCAGGAGACGGUGUAACUCACAUAGUACCAAUCUACGAAGGAUACGCCCUUCCCCACGCCAUUUACAGACUUGACUUGGCAGGCAGUGAUCUGAGCGAUGUCAUGAGCAGGCUGCUGAUGGAGAAGGGCUACUCCUUCACAACCACUGCGGAAAUGGAAAUUGUUAGAGACAUAAAAGAAAAGCUAAGCUACAUAGCUAUAAACUUUGAGGAAGAAAUACUUACUGCAAGCGAGUGCUCUGUUCUGGAUAAGUCAUAUGAGCUUCCUGAUGGGCAAGUUAUCACCAUUGGAGAAGAAAGAUUUCGCUGUCCGGAGGUGCUCUUCAAUCCAAGCAGAAUUGGGAUGGAAGCCCCUGGAAUUCACGAAUGUCUUCACAAAUCAAUCAGGAAGUGUGAUGUUGAUAUCAGAAGGGAUCUGUGUGGGAAUAUAGUCCUGAGUGGAGGAACCACUCUGUUUCCUGGUAUGGCUGACCGUCUGGCAAAGGAACUCACUGCCCUUACUCCUUCCUCUGUUAAGAUCAAAGUGAUUGCCCCUCCAGAGCGAAAGUACAGUGUUUGGAUUGGUGGUUCUAUCUUGGCUUCUCUCAGCACCUUCCAGCAAAUGUGGAUCAGCAAAGAAGAUUACGAAGAGUCUGGAUCCUCCGUGGUACAUAGGAAGUGUUUCUAGAAUUUUUUGGGGAGAUCUUUUGCAUGUCCCUCAUCUUCCCCAAGAUCCCACGGAUUCUAUCCACUUAAACAAAUAUACCAGUUCCAGGGGAGGGGUUGUGUUGUGUGUGGAGGAAAGCUUUUUAUUCCUUGCACUCUCCGUGUGUCAAUGCUUUUUAUUUCUUACUGAACAAUUCUUUGUGCAAAUAAACAGGUUAAGCAGUUCUUGAAAGGUAAAGACAAAGGCAGGUGUAAUUCUAUUUGUUUUGGAUUUUCUUUUUUUUGAAUGGGGUGUAUAACUUUGUGUCCCUUACCAUUCAAACAUGUGAUCUUAUUAUUAUUCUUAUAUUGACCAAAUCUUGAUAUUAAAAAAAAUUCUACAUUUGGGUGUUCUUUUUACAA